AUGUCACCAGACGAUUAUUUGUUUUAUGAUAAAGGGACAGAACAGAACAAGAUCACCGUCUGUAACAUGACUUUUAACAUUGAACCUGGUGAGUACAUUCUACACGACUACGCUCCCCGUGUCAUCUUAGCUCUUCUAGUCCUCAUCAUCUUCCUGAUCGGAAUCCUUGGAAAUCUCUUCGUCGUCGCCGCCGUCGUCCUCUCCAAACGACUCCAGAACACCACAAAUGUUUUCGUCAUCAACUUGGCCGUCGCAGACUUUUUGACAGCUAUGUUCCUCCCCGUUCACGCCUCCACGCUCUUGAGUAAAUCAAGUUGUUACAUCCCGGAGCUGCUCUGCCAGUUCGUAGCAGCAGCCACCCUCACCACACUUAGUUGCGGCGUUGUUACCUUAGCCGCGAUCGCCUUCCAUCGCUUCACCGUCCUCAACGCCAUCAUGAAACCCCAACCCAAAUUUAACAACGCAUUUAGCACUCGGAAUAUCGUGAUAAUGGUUUCCUUUACCUGGAUCUACCCAAUUGUUCUCAUGUUUAUCAUUUUACUACUGGACCCAACGUCCCUUGGCUAUGCUCUUCAAUACAAAGUGUGCGCGCGGAAUACGGAGAGUGACAACUCAGACUAUCUGACCCUGACGGUGUGUCUAGCUCUCCUCAUUCAGUUUCCCGCCUUUAUCGUCAUCAUCGUCUGCUAUUUCAAUAUCUUCAAAAUGUUCAGGCGUCAUCAACAAGAGAUGAACGCCAUCAUGACCCCUUCGGUCAUGAUUUCGACGACGGAUAGCGAAGUCGUCAACAUCACAAUCAUUGAGGAUUUGUCGAAAGAACAACCAGAUGCUCCCAAUCAUGGUACCAUCAAUCCUGGGUUUGAUGAAAGUGACGGCAUCAAAACCGCGCCACCUGAAGAUCGGGAAAUCUUAGCAGAGCCGUCUGACGCAGCUGAGCUUUGUGAAAGCGAAACAAUGACAAAUGGGGGACAUUCGAAAGCACCUACGAAAGCGCUAAAACCAGACCGAGCAGGAUCUACAACCAUAUCGCCUUCCGACACGAUGACGCCACCAACAGUUCAAAUCAUCACUCGAGAAACACUGGCAAGGGAAAAUCAGGAAGCUCGCUACAAGCAACAGCGCAAGAUAACCAUCAAUCUCUUCAUCAUUGUCUGUGUCUAUACAAUCUGCGUGAUGCCUCCAUCCAUCUCCUAUCUUAUACCCACCAGUGACCCUGCCGUUCCUUGGUUAACCAUUCUCUUUCUGUGUAAUGUAUGCGUCAAUCCUAUCUUAUAUGCUUUGAAGCAUCCUACCUUCCACGAGGUUCUGAUGUGUAUGUUGAAAUGCAGGUACAGGGACAUCCCAGAGAAGUCGUCUUUCUUGAAAACUCUGAUCUAUUCAAUUAAUGACAGGAGAGAUUAG